AUGGCUUCCACACACCCCGAAAACGAGCACGAACAUGACGAGAACGAGGAGGUUCCGGAGCAGGAGCAGUUCAUCGGGGAAGAUGCAGCUGAGGAGGUACCCGAUGACGGGGACGCACCUAUGGACGAUGAUGGCGAGGAUGGUGGAGGCGAAGAGAUCGUCUGGGAGGAUAACUCUGUCAUGUCCUUUCCCACACAUGAAAAGUCCGUAUUUGCCGUAUCUGGUCACCCAACGCAACCAUUGGCCGCAUCUGGCGGUGAAGACGAUCUCGGCUACAUCUGGGACAUCACCGACGGCGAAAUCAUCGCCAAACUCACUGGUCAUACCGACUCUGUCGCUGCUACGGCUUGGAGUAGUGAUGGUGAGUUGGUGGCUACGGGUGGUAUGGAUGGACGGGUCAGGGUCUGGAGACAUGUUGGAAAAGCGGACUGGAAGACUUGGGAGUUCUUGACCGAGUUGCAGGGACCGGACGAGGUUAUGUGGUUGAGAUGGCACCCGAAGGGAUCCGUGCUUCUGGCCGGUGCCAAUGAUAGUACAGUGUGGUUAUGGCAAUUGCCCUCCGGCAACACCAUGCAAGUCUUCGCCGGUCACAAGGGCCCCGUAACAGCCGGCGACUUUACACCCGACGGGAAGAGGAUCGUUACCGCCUGCGCCGAGAACACUCUGAUCUACUGGGACCCGCGUUCGCCUACACCGGUGUUCAAGCUUGAUGCAACCGACGGCCGAUUUGAUCUGGAUGGUAUCACGUCGCUCGCGAUCAAUCCCGCAUCCACUUUGGCCGUUGUUGGAGGUGCCGCGGGCGGUGUGAGGGUCGUCAGCUUGACGCAGGGGAAGGUUAUCUCGGCGUUGGGUAGCCAUGAGGAGGGGAACUCCGUCGAGGCGGCUGUGUUCGUCAAUCUGGCGGGUGCUGUGACGGGUGCCGGCGGAAGCGCGCCUGCUACGGCUGGCGGAGGCACGGUCGUUACGGGCGCAACGGACGGAAAGGCGUGCGUCUGGGAUCUCAAUACAAAUAGGUUGCGUAUGACGCUCGCGCAUGAGGACUCCGUGACAAGCUUGCACGUUCACCCGACAAAACCGCAUCUGCUUGUUUCUGCCUCUGCAGAUCAAACGUUGCGCACAUGGGAUGUCCGUACGGGCAACCUCAUCCGCGAGCACAAGGGACAUAACGGCCCGAUUCUCGGUGCAUCACUCGGUCUCGGAGGUGAGGUUGUGCUUAGCGCCGGUGAUGACGGUGUUUGCUUGGUUUUCACAACCGAGUAG